AUGCACCAUCUGCCCUACCGUGGGCGCAACAACUUGAUGCAGGUGUCUGACUUUGAGCACUGUAAGCACACUUCGGCCAACUGGUUCCUGCGGACGGCAGGACGGAGCACCACGUACAUGGCGCGGCUGAUUUGGUUCACGAGCGGGCACUUUCCGCACAGUGCGUUCCACGAACAUUUCAACUUCGAGGGGAACCAGCGGUGCGGGGUGGAUGUCGAAACUCGCGACCACAUUUGGUUUGACUGCGACUUGUGGAUCAAGAAGCACAAGCCCCCGAACGCCGAGAUCGAGCGUAUGCAUCGGGGCGAGCGCGGUGUCCAUGCAGCCUUGGAUCUCCUCCCCCCUACGCCGCCAGGCAUGAGUUUGCUGGAGCACUUCCUGCAGGACUGGCGAGAGACGCCGAUCGCUCUCGAUGACGUCACAGAAUUCCUGCGCCUCAACCCGAUCGUGGGCACCUUCACCUGGCUGGAGCUGGUCGACCAGGCCUUGGGGGAUUGGGCGCACGGCAAAGACGACUCCCUGGUGCUCCUCAAGGUCGACCUGCACACGGGGGACCUCACCGAGUUUGUUCAGUCGUACGCCCUAGUGGGGACUCACGCCGUGACUGAUACGUUCGAAUUUGACAAUGCGGGUGUCACAGUGCUGCAGGCUGAGUUCGGGCUCGCAGCGGCUAAGGCAAAAAAUCGUUGA